UUAGCUUUAGACCCGCCCUACCCCCGCCCGGGGGGCGGGCCGGGCUCCGCUCUCCGUGUAGCUCCCAGGCCGCAGAGGGCCUUGCGCAGCGAGACCAGGCGGCGUCCCGCGCGGUCUUCGGGUGCAGGGCCGCGGGCGGGCCAAGCCGGAUACCCCAGUCCUUGGCAGUCCCCCGAGGCUCACAGAGUGCUUCUGCGGAGCCUCGCCGCACGCAGGCAGGGUGGCCACUGCCGUGGGUGUGGAGGUGCCUGACAAGAUGAAGAGUCGAAUCCCAUUGGUGCUCCUGGCCUGUGGCUCCUUCAAUCCCAUCACCAACAUGCACCUGCGCUUGUUUGAGGUGGCCAGAGACCACCUACACCAAACAGGAAUGUACAAGGUGAUCGGGGGCAUCAUCUCUCCUGUCAACGACAACUACAGAAAGAAAGACCUCGUGGCUGCCCACCACCGGGUGGCCAUGGCCCGGCUGGCCCUGCAGACGUCCGACUGGAUCCGGGUGGACCCCUGGGAGAGUGAGCAGGCGCAGUGGAUGGAGACCGUGAAGGUGCUGAGGCAUCAUCACAGUGAACUGCUCAGAUCUCUGCCCCAGACGGAAGGCCCGGACCAUGGCAGGGCUCACUCCUUGGCCCCGACAGACUGUGGGCUGAGCUCAGCAUUCUCUGGCUGCCAGAGCCCUGCUCGUGUGAUUUGCAGCCCUCCGUGGACUGACCCAGCCGUGCUGAGUUCCAGACGGCUUGGCUGUGACACUUUGGGACAGAUGAUGCCUCGGUCCUCUAACAGCCCAACACUGUCCGUCUCUUGUGAAGGUGGUCCCUGCGCUCGGCUGAUGGGGCUGAGCACAGCUCAGCAACCUUCAGAGAGGAUUCCCUUUCCACGCAACCACGGCAGGCCCCUCAUCUGACUCCAUUCUGCACUGAUUGUUCCACGGUGGCCUUGUCUGGUUAAUUGGGGCGCUGCCCUUUAAUACCUGGCUUCAGCUCUGGUGUCCUGUGUCCCCAGAAGUCCCACACUCCUGAGUGUGGCUGCACUCACUCCACCCCUCAAUUUCCAGAACCUCCACAGGAGGUCAGCCCCAUUUUACAGCUGAGGAAACAGGCCCAUCUGCUGUAAUUCUCCCAGGGUUCCGGCAGAUCUGAAACCGGAAACCAGGGCUGACUGACCUCAGGGCGGCUGUUCUUGACGUUAACAAUUAAGGCAGCUGGACAUUCAAAGAAAAUGGUCCCGGUGGCACUUCCCUCACUUUUCAUGUAAACCUCUGCUUCAUCUGCUUCUCGAAGCCAGUGGCUAUUCCAAAGAGCACAUUGCCCCAAAAUGCCCACGGACAUCUGAUUUAGGUCACUGUUUCGUGCUUGAGACGAAUCAAACCGGCAGCCUUUUUUCAACACUUCAGACUUACGAACCUUGGACUUGGAUAGCCAGUCAUUAUAUCUGAAGAGCUCAGAGCAGUGAUGUAAAUGGACUUGAAAGAGAGGUGAUGGGCUCUUUGAGGACUGCCCAGAGUUGGAGUCCAAGGCACGUGUUGCCAGAAGAAGUGAUCACCCCACAGACAUGCCUUUGAUUUGGGGGAAAGGGAGGUGUGGGCAUGUGUCCCCUGUCGGCAGGAGCACACAGUGAAUUGUACUCCUGUCAUUGUUCAUAAAUCAGACGGUAUCUAAUAUCUAAGCCAGUAGGUAGAAAUUACCGCCACAAAAAUCCACUGGGGGGGGGGGGGGGGCCAUCA